AUGUCAGUCUGGGGGCACGAUGAUACAACAGCGCUCGUGGCAUUUGUCUUGAUCCUUGUCGUGUUUGUCCAAUCGUUUUACCUCAUUGAUAUAGGAUUUGGAAGAGAAGUUUGGACGCUACAUGAUUAUGAGAUUACCGCUUUUCUCAAGCAUUUUCUCGUCCUCCGGUUCAUCUACCUUGCUGGGUUGGCCCUGAUCAAGGCAUCAAUCCUGUUCCUCUUCCUGAAGAUCUUCCCCGGAAGACGCUUCCGCCAAUGUCUCUGGGCUGUACAAAUUUUCAACCUGCUUGUUUGCAUGACAUUCUUCUUUGUCUGCUUUUUCCAAUGCCGUCCCUUUUCAUAUUUCUGGACAGGCUGGGAUGGCGAGCAUGAAGGGGUUUGUAUCGACGUGGACAAGUCUGGUCUCAUUCACGUCGCUCUCAACAUUACACUCGACAUAAUAAUGCUCGUCCUGCCUGUCACUCAGAUCUAUAAGCUGCAAAUGAAUAAGCGGAAAAAGAUUGGCGUAAUAGCCAUGUUUCAAGCCGGUAUCUUCCUUACCAUUGUAAGCAUCUUACGAAUCAAAUCUCUGAGUAGCUUUGCAAUAUCUAUAGACCUUACCGCCGACUCUGUUCCCGUUAGUCUAUGGGCAUACGUCGAGUUGGGAGUGGGUCUCGCUGUCGCAUGCAUGCCUAGUGCCUGGCAGUUGCUGAAGAUGAUCACAUCCAAGGUGACGCAGCUAACGACCACGGUGGCAACGAAUAUUACUUCAUCCAAAACUCGUAAGAGUCCCAGCUCAAUGGAAUUUCCUGACAAGUCGGUCAAGAUGUCAAUCGUGGAAACCCAGUCGUACCGCUCCAAUUCGAUAGCGGUGGCUUCAGCGUCGAGCCCUAAACGUCACAGCGACCAUGAUGAGUGGAAGGUUGGGCAGGCAUUAUGA